AUGCGCCUUCUUAACACUCAUUUAACACUAAAAAUUCUACUAUGGGGACACACUCUCUUCGGCUAUUGCAAAGAAUCGCAGGCAGCUGACUCUAGUCGGGCAACCACACCGCUUCCCACACCUAAAAGCUAUGCUCCUGAAAAAAUCUCUUGUCCUGCAAGCCUGUCCGUGUCAAUCUCCUCAACAUACCCAUGGCCCACAAGCUCGGCUGAGCAAGCUUAUAUCUCGUCCAAGACUACCAAAUCCCUCAAAACAUGGGAAGAUUAUUUAUGCAGGGUGAAUCUGACCGGCUUCGACGUGAAAGAAUUUUUGAAAAAUUCGACACGCGAUGGCCAAGUUGCUGGUCGAAAUCUACCCAACAUAGCGUUCAGUCUAUCGGGAGGCGGAAAUCGAGCACUCCUAUAUGCCGCCUCGAUCAUGGAUGCUUUCGAUUCCAGAAAUCCUCAAGCCAACGAAGCCCGUACCGGCGGUGUACUCCAACUGGCCAAUUUCGCCUCAGGCUUGUCUGCCUCUUCCUGGCUUCUUGCAAGUUGGGGGAAAGCUAACUUCAUUAGAUUCCCUGAGCUGGCAGAUAAUGCGUGGCAUUCGGCAUUUACACACGGCUACUUCAGUUGGAAACGUAUGAAGCAUUACCCUCACCACUAUCGUGAUCUCAGGAAGAAGAAAAAGGCCGGUUUCCACGUCAGUGUAGUUGAUAUCUGGGGAAGGAUACUAUCAAAAAAUCUCUUAAAUGACCCAGACGUCGGAAGAACGUUGACACUAUCAUCGCUGCGAUCUAAAUCUGAAUAUGUUGAGCAAUCCGUUCCCUUUCCGAUCCUUGUGACAACCUCAAGAAAACAAGAAGGCGCCGAUCUUGAUUUGGACAGCCCAAUAUACGAAUUCACGCCGGAAGAUAUCAAUGUGUGGCAUCCGACCUUGAAUGCGACCUUUCCAAUCGAAUAUCUUGGUUCAAAGGCGGGCGCGGUCACCAAUAAAGCAACAGAGUGUGUCACUGGUUUCGAUAACCUUGGAUUCUUGAUGGGGGCUUCCAGCAACAUUUUUAGUUAUCAGGAUGGGAAAAAAAUAAGUAAAUCGAUGUUGGCUGGCCUGGCGAGUAUGUUUGUGAAAGGCAGAUUCUAUGAGGCUUUGGUACCCAACCCGUUCAUGGGUCAAGGCAUGGGUCCUGCGCCUGGAACUGGUUAUCCCGAUGGAGAAAGGGACGAACUUCUCCUGGCCGAUGGGGCGAUGGCCCAAGAGUCAAUGCCUUUGUUCCCACUUCUGCAACCUUCCAGAAUGGUGGAUGUCAUACUGGCUGUGGACUCAUCAGUCGAUGGAAGAGCGUUUGACAAUCCGAACCAGAAAGGAUAUCCCAACGGCACAUCGUUGUACCGCACUAGCAUGAAGCUACAGCAGGAGGGCUAUCGAGGCUUCAAGUUUCCAGAAGUUCCAGAAACAUACAAACAUACGACCUUCACUGAUCGGGGCUAUCACAGACGGCCAACUUUCUUCGGAUGUGACAAAGACGUUCCCCUGGUGGUUUAUAUUCCCAAUCACUUCGUGACAAAAGAUACCAGCCAGUCCACCAUGCAAGCAGUUUAUAAAGUAUUGCGCUAG